AUGGCACCAAUAACUUUUCGAUUUGGUGAUAAAAUCAUUCCAUCUUAGCACGUAUUUAUCUCUCGCAAGCAUGUCUAUGCCAUGAUUUAUGAUAAAGCAAUAGCUCCUGGGCACGUAUUAGUUUGCCCGACUCGCCAAGUACAGCAGUUUAAAGACUUGACUGAACUAGAAACUCUGGAGCUCUUUGUUUGCGCUAAGGAAAUAGCUAAUAAAUUCAAAGAUUUUUUCAAGAUGAAAAGUUUCAGCUUCGUCAUUUAGGAUGGAGAGCAAGCAGGCCAAUAAACCAAACAUGUGCACUUACAUAUAAUUCCUAGAGAUGAUAAUUAGCACGGGUAUAGCAUAAUUAAAUUCAAUAAUGUACCAGAGAGAAGUGCUAGUGACAUGGCUGAGGAGGCAGAUGAAUUAAAGAUAUAUUUUGAUAAAAGAGACGAGAUAUAGUAGUUCAAUAAAGCAGGCUACAUUUGA